AUGCCUGGUUACCAACGACCUUCAACGCCACUUUCGGCUCCCAUUUCACCUGUACAACAAUCCUUCCAGGACAAAUCACAACAAGAUACAAUCAAGCAAAAGAAUUCCUCAAUUUUUCUCAACGUUCCCCAAGCAUUCUCAGCCGGAGGCAUCAUCACGCCGCCGGAAACUCCGGCACAAAAACAACAACACGCCACAAGCGAAUCGUACGCAACACUAAUCGACUGCCCCAUCUCCAAGUCCAGCUUCCUCCUCGCCCAGGCCUCCCUGGCAACGGCGCUGGCCGGUCGUACGUCAUCGUCGACAGAAUUCAAGUUCCGGGACCCCGAGGCCUUCGGAGCGGAGGCGGGAACGGAGACACGAACACGAACACUCCGUUUCGGCACGGGCCUCGAUGGGUGCUUUACCAGCGCCAGGGGCUUCCUUGGAUGCCAAGCAAUGCCUCCAACCAACGUCAUCAACCUUAGUAUUAGUAAUUCUGUAAGGAGCUUAGGCCAAACUCAACGUUUGCCUGCGUCUCUGAAGGCAUGGGAGGUGGUUCAUGGGAACUUACCGCGCUUGCUGCGAGCACGACGAGUGCGUCAUGCUGUUGAUGCCCUACGCGAGCACGCGGCUUCAGGUGGCAGAGAUGCAUGGGAUGACUUGGAACAGCGUCAUCUGGCGAGAGCAGCGCUCGUCUUGAGCGCGCUGGCUCACGCUUACAUGUUUGGCGAGGAGCAGAACAAGAGCAAAGAGUGUGAGGGUCGAUCCCAGGUGCCGCGCCAUGUUCUCGAUCCGUGGGAAAGAGUUUGCACUGCAUUGGGGAGAAAACUGACGGGGCGGGUGCCCGCCGACGACGUCCUCAACAACGCCAUGGGGAAUGCCGCUUUCAACCUCAGCAGCGCCUACUUCGGCCUCCCUGAGGAGCGCCUCUCUUCAGGCCUUCAAGGCACAAUGGAGGGCAUUUUUGCACCAGCCCUCUCCGCCAUGGCACUCGCGCAGAGCGGCGUGCUGGCCGACCAGCCAGACCAAGUCACGCACUGCCUCGAGAGCCUGGCGGCCAAUAUUGUCCAAUGCGCCAACGUCUUCGAGGCCAUGACCCUCCGCGACGCGGCGAUCUUUGAUCCCGUUGUCUGGAUCAAGACGUACCCAGCCAUGGGCCGCGCUGUGACGCCCGGCGAACUGGGCAACAGCGGCGCCGACACGCCGCUCUUCCACGCACUGGACGUCUUCAUCGGCCGCCAGGACGUCAAGGGUGACUUGACAGCGAUGCAGAGCGACCGUAAAGCCACGCUACCGGCCAACAUCCGCGCCUUUCUGGACGCUCUCGGUGAUCGGGCCGCAAGCGUGAGAGACUACGUCGCCGCGUGUGCCGCUCGUGCUCCGAAGGAUGUAUCCUCGGAAGAGCAGUCGCAGUACCGCCAUCUCGAGGCGGCGUGGGACGGGCUCCUGCAGAUGUACGUCUGGUUCCUCGAGCGGCACCGCGUCAAGGCCAUUGGCGUCACGGGCGUGUCGCUGAAUACGGGCCGUCACUCCACGAGCAGCGGCGUCAAGAGCACCGACCAGUGCAAGCAUGCCGGUUCGUCCUCUGCGUCAACUGGAAAAGGAAAGGGAAAGCCAAAGAUGCGUCCUGAGGCUAUGCUCAGCAUGCAGAUGAAGGCUGGCAUGGCGUCGCGACUAGGCGGCCGGCCUCUGUGGCAGAAUGCGCGCAUCCAGUCGCAGACUGUGUACGAGGGUAGCACCGUGGUGGAAGUAAAGUUGGAUGCCAAGUUGCCGCUCGAGGCAGGCGACCGUGUGCAAGUUUGGCCACCGAGGAAGAGGAGAAACCUCGACAGGACUUCUUCGCAUCAGCGAUGGUUGAGGGCUUCCACACCUCCAGAAGAUCAUGAUGCGCUAUCAGAUGAGACCGUCGAAGAUGGGAAUGAUGAUGCUGAUCCGAGAUUCUACUCCAUCGCGCGUGUUGCGACCGACUCAGCAGGAGAAGGAGGCAUGACCAUCACUCUGACAGUUAGUCAACACUCACCCGAGGGUCUCGUCUCCUCAUUUUUGAGCAACGCCGCUCAAGGCACACCUCUGCGUCUUCGUCCAUGGCCCAGUCUGCGUUUCCGCCAACCCCACGACCUUUCCGUGCCUUUAGUUCUGGUCGGCCAAGGCAGCGGCAUCGGGCCCUUGCUAGGCUUCCUCCACGAACGGUCGGCAUGGGCUCAGCAGCGCCGUGACGGCACCGAUGAUGUGGGCGAGCUGCUCCUCGUUGUCGCUGCCAAAACACGCCGCCAUGUGCCCUGCCCUCUCGACAGCCUGGAACAUCUCACUAGGGUCUUGCCGUUGACCGUUGUUCUGGCCCUCAGCCAGGAAACACACCACUUCAGGAUCCGCGGUGGGAUCCGGAGCCAGCUAUCCGAGGGGGAGCGGCAUGUGAGACGCCACUUGGUAGAGCACCGCGACUCAAUCCAUCAUCUCGUCAAAGAUGAGGGAGGUCACGUCUUUGUCUGCGGCAGCUCCGACUUUGGAGCUACGGUGACGAACAGUCUCGAAUUGGGCCAACCGCAGCCAGAAGAUCAAGAUAUAAACUGUUUCGACGACAACAACUAUACAGACAUCCUCUCACCUCCAGCUCAUUGGGACAGACUCCACCAAGAUCUUUUCACCGCCGUAAAAAGACCAUUCAAGUCACAGGCACCAUCUUCUUCUUCCACUACCUCCUCCUCCUUACCCAUCAUCACCCCCUCCGAGCUCGCAGCCCACAACUCAAUCACCUCAAGCUGGGCCGCCAUCGACGGAAAAGUCUACGACCUGACGCCCUUCCUCACCAUCCACCCAGGCGGACCAAAGACUCUCCUCGAGUCCGCAGGCACCAUCGCCGACGUGCGCUUCGCCGAGACACACGGCGGGCCGCACGCCCAGGAAAUCAGGGGCUAUCUGCAGCAGUACGCCAUUGGGCGUCUACCUCCUCCAAAAUGUCCCAGAGAUCUCAUUACGGUUCAAGUUACGACUGCAAGACUGACUGAUGCUCUCGUGAGGAUGCAAAACGCCCUCACCAACAAUACGGCCUUUGACCCGAGCCGCGGAUCUGUGCCGGUGUACGUGUACGAGGAUGCCUUGCUCGUAUUCGCCGAUGGCCUAGACGGCGUCAUGGCCAUCCUGUCAGACGUUGUUGCAAGUGACGCUACAGGAGACACCUCAGAGCUGAGAGAAACCGUAGCCAACACACAAGCGCUGUUGAGAAAGGCCUUCUCCGACCUGAAAGACGGUUGUAAGCGUUACAUGCAAGCCGCCGGCUCCAACGGUUCUGAUUCCUUGCUCGAUGAGAGCGAGGGUCUAAUCCAGAGGCUACACAAGGAUCCCAUCACCAAGAUCCAUGAGGCGAUCAACGCUUGUAAGAAGGGUCUUGGUGAGUUUGAGUGUUUGGCUUCGGAAGAGGGGAAUGGUAGUGUCAAGAUUUGCGAUAUCUUGGAGGAGUUUACCACUACUCUCACGAGCCUUGCCCAGAACUUACUUCGUGUCAUAGCUCUAGCCGAGGAGACUGGCACCGCGGACCUUGAGCAACGUACGACUUGUCGAGAGGAGAAUAUUUAUGCAACGCACUCUGCGAUGCCGAGCGUUGAUUUAUGA